GGCCGCGCGCGGAAGGGCCGGCGCGGGGCGGGCGGGCGGACAAGAUGGCGGACGGGGACAGCGGCAGCGAGCGCGGCGGCAGCGGCGGGUUCGGCGCCGUCCGCGGAGGAGGCGGCGGCGGCGGCGGCGGAGGGAGCGGCGGCGGGGCCGGGUCCGGGUCCGGAGCGGGGUCCGGCGGGGCGGGCCCGGAGCAGGAGACGCAGGAGCUGGCCUCGAAGCGGCUGGACAUCCAGAACAAGCGCUUCUACCUGGACGUGAAGCAGAACGCCAAGGGCCGCUUCCUCAAGAUCGCCGAGGUGGGGGCGGGCGGCUCCAAGAGCCGCCUCACCCUCUCCAUGGCCGUGGCCGCCGAGUUCCGCGACUACCUGGGCGACUUCAUCGAGCACUACGCGCAGCUGGGCCCGUCCAGCCCCGAGCAGCUCGCCCAGGCCGCCGGCGCCCCCGGGGAGGACGGCGCCGGUCCCGGCCCGCGCCGCGCCCUCAAGAGCGAGUUCCUGGUGCGGGAGAACCGCAAAUAUUACCUGGACCUGAAGGAAAACCAGCGCGGGCGCUUCCUCCGCAUCCGCCAGACCGUCAACCGCGGGCCCGGGGGGCCGGGGGGGUUCCCCGGGGGCCCCCCCGGGUUGCAGAGCGGCCAGACCAUCGCGCUGCCGGCGCAGGGGCUGAUCGAGUUCCGCGACGCCCUGGCCAAGCUCAUCGACGACUACGGGGGCGAGGAGGACGAGCUGGGCGGCCCCGGGGGCGGGGGGCCGGGCGGCGGGGGGCUCUACGGGGAGCUGCCCGAGGGCACCUCCAUCACCGUGGACUCCAAACGCUUUUUCUUCGACGUGGGGUGCAACAAAUACGGCGUUUUCCUGCGGGUGAGCGAGGUGAAGCCCUCGUACCGCAACGCCAUCACCGUCCCCUACAAGGCCUGGGCCAAGUUCGGCGGCGCCUUCUGCCGCUACGCCGAGGAGAUGCGCGACAUCCAGGAGCGCCAGCGGGACAAGCUCUACGACCGACGCGCCGGCCCCCCGGGACCGGGCAGCGGCAGCGGCGCCGGCGACGACUCCGACGGCGACGACGUGGACGACGACUGAGCCCUGAACCACAACGCCGGCCCCCCCAUCCCCAUCGCCCCCAGAUCCCCCCCCAAAACCCGCUGCCGGAGAGAGAGGAACCGGCUCGACCGCGACGCCGAGCGCGUCCCCUCGUCACCCUCUUCGGGGGACACACACACACUCGCACCCCGGAUCCAUCUCUCCGACGCGGUGCCCCCCCCACCAAAAAACCAGCAUCCGGCACCGCACCGGGGCCACCAAACCCUCACGGGGGGCGACGGAGCCGAGGGAGGACGGAGCCGAGGGGGGACGGAGCCGCGAGCGGCAGCUUCGGCAGCGAGCGCUGGGGCGGGGGGGCUGCACCUGGACCAACGGCCGCUCUCUCUUUUUUUUUCCCCUCUAUUUUCCUUUUUUCCCCCCCCUCUAUUUUCCUUUUUCCCUCUAUUUUCCUCCCCCCGUUUUCCAGAUUAUUUUUUGGGAUGCAAACCGCUCAACUCCAGGCACCCAAACCAGUACCGCCCCCCCCACCCCCACCACCAGAAACCAGGUUCCUGCAAAUUAAGGAAAACUUUCUCAGUUUUGCUGAUUUCUUCUGUUCUUAUAUCUCUUUCUAUAUAUUUUUCUCCCCCGGGGGGCGGUGGGGGCAGCGUGGCCGGUUGGGCACGAAGCACAAGGAGAACCCGCCGGGACGCACCGGCUGCCCCUUCGCGCCAAAUAAGGCGGCGCCGGCGAAAUCACUGUAUCGCUUUGGUCCCCUAUAAUCAUCGACUCCAAAUUUGCCCUUUUUUCCUCUCUUUUUUUUUACUUUUACCACCCCCUCCUCACCGCCCCGGCGGGAUCCGCACCCCCAAUUGAUUAUUUUCAGGUUAUUUGGGGUUUUUUCCUUGUUUUUCUUAUUAUUUUUUCCUACCUGGCCACUCCGGCUCUGCCACCCCGGCCAGCGGGUCCCUCAGCGUCGCCUCUCGCAUUAAAUGGAUUUUUCCGCUCUCAAAUCGUCUUUUUUUUUUUUAAAAAAAAAAAACACUUUUUGGUUUUUUUGUUCCUUAAUCAAACCAGGUCAAUCCUGCCCUUUCCAAAACGUCUUUUUUCCGCCGCGUUAUCCCAGGAACUCUGAACCGAUCGGGGUUCGUCGCUCGUCAUUCCAAACUUGCAGCUUCUCCAACACCUCCUCCACUUUUAGGACUUUAUGUUUUAAAUUAACUCUUUCCGCUGUUUUUUCGGGAGCCGGCGCCCGCCGAUCUCCGUAAUUUAUUCUCGCGGAUCCGUCUCCACGAGGAACCCGCGGGCGCCGCCGUCCGUCCGUCCAUCCAUCCAUCCAUCCUGCCUCCGUCGCUCGUUUUUAAAGGGAUUUUUAACGUGAUUUUUUUUUUUAAUUGUUCCAUUUCUCCCAUUUUUAACCCCGUCGCCGGGACCGGCGGUUCCGCACUCACCACGGGAGCAAUAGUUUGAUUUCCACGUCCGACCGCGGCCGUACUGUAAUUUCGUACCCUCAGGCAGCUCUUAUUCCGUGACGUCCUGCUGGUCCCACCGCGGUUCCAUUCGCACCUUCGGUUCUUUGCCGCGGAAAAACAACAAACCCCCCCAAAAAAAAGAUGACAAAAACAACAACAAAAAAGCCGCGGAAGGUUCCGGAUUGGGGGAAGACGCGGCCGCAAUGGACUCACCAGGAGCACCGACGCAGGCGGCGCCUCUCCUUUUAUUUUUGAAGAGGAUCAUAUAUAUUAAAAAAAAUACAUAUAUAUAUAUUCCUUUUUUUUUUUUUGGCUGAAUUGCGGGAAUUUAGCCUUAUUUUCUACUCUAGGGUAGCGGCGCCGUCGCCGCCGGCCCCGUUCGGUUCUCAGGAGCCGCUUAGGAAAUAACACGGAAGAUGAAAAAAGGCAAAAUACGCCAAAAAAAAAGAAAAAUAAACCCGUAAACCGCGGAGCCGGAGCCGCGACCGGAGCCUUUGUCUCGCCAGAGCCGCGGAUCUGGGACAGAAACCUCCGGCACACGGUGCGAGAGCGGAGGUGUCGGGCGAAGACCACCAAAAACCAUCAGAAAAUAAGAGAAAAAGGCGAAAAGAAAAGGGUUUGGAAGCUUUUAACCCAGUGGCAGCUGAGGCGCGGGGGGAGACGGUUGAUUUGGGGGAGUUUUGGGGGUCUCGGCGUCGCCAAAACCGGAAUUCGGCAGCGGGUCGGUGGGUUCGGUUCUUCCCGUAUAUAUAUAUAUAUAUAUAUAUGUAUAUACACAUAUGUGUGCGUGUGUGUAUAUAUAUCAGAUUUGGUUGGGGUUUUUUUUCCUGUAGAAAAUGGGGAAAUUGCUUUUUUUGAUUUGUUUCAUUUUGAACCGAAAGGGGGAAAAACAAUCCCAAAAUUCUUGGAGCUUCCAGAUUUCUGUUGCCCCGCGAGGGACGGUUUGAGAGCGCGACUUCUCGCUGUACAAAAAGAAAACCUUGUAAAUCUUGUAUAGCGCCCCAAAAUCGAUGUAAAUACCCAAAAAAAACGUCCGGGCCGGGAGCUGUUGGCGGCUCCGUGAAAAGUUCAAACCGCUGCAAUUUUUUUCCGCGUCCCCCCAAGAGAAAAAUCUGGAAGAAAAUGAGAAUUUUCCUGCUGUAGUUUCAGCUGGUUUGGGGGGAGGCGACCGGUCCCGGUGCUGCCGGGCCACGGUGAUGGCGGUUUCUUGUGUUGGUGAUAAAACCACCAACCCUCGCCGGCUUCUCUUUUAAAAAAGAAAAAAUUUAAAAAAAAAAAAGGUAAAAAUAGAAAAAAUAUGGAAAAAAAAAAUAAAAGAAGCGGGAGCGAGCGAUGAUGGUACUUGAGCUGAUGCAGGGGGAUCUCAGCGGAUAUUCCCGGUGGGAAACGGAACCGGUGCGGCGGCGGCUCCGGGUGCUCGGUGUGGUUCUUGUGGAGCCGGUGCUGCCCGUGAGAUCCAAAUAAUCCAGGUGCCGGGAUGGAGCCGGGAGAGGAACGGCCGGUGAGGAGCGCGGUGGCUUCGCACCGCGGUGGCGGCGACCUCAGAGUCCCCGUGCUGGCGUUUGGCGUUGUCGGCGGCAUCGAAACAAGAGGCCACGGGGAUUCGACGCAGCGGCCGAGAGCAGCUCUUGCAUCCCCGGCUCCGCGCUGGAAACAUCGCUAAAUAAGCCAUCGGUAACUAAACCAUCGGCGCAGGAACGAGCCGGAUCCAGAACUGUCGUUGGCCAAUAUCAGCUGAGAGCCCCAAACGUUUCACCCCGAAAGUACCUUGAAGAAAGAAGAAAAAAAGUUUUAUUCCUCUUAUUUUUUUAAGAAAAAGAAAAAAUACAAGCAAACCAUGCACUUUAGGCGGCCCAGCGCGGGGCUGCCGGCGCCCGGGGGGGGUCUGUCCCCCCCGUCCCUUCCUCUGCGGCCGGCGGGGCGGUUUCGGGAGCCGCCGGGGAGCGGUUGCCGCCGGCGGGUCCUGGAUUUGACCACUAGCGAAGACGAACGCCCGACGUGACGAACUCCUCAUGCUCCGAGCACUCCUCACCGUAGCAGAUUUUUGCAAAAUGGAGUUUUACAAGGUCUAUAUUUAAAAAAUUGUAUGUUUGUAACAAAUAAAAAGUAUGCGGAAAAGUGAAUGAAAAAA